AUGUUAAAAGCGGUGGCGGAGGCGCCGAUGCCGCGCUUCGUGGAGCCCAUCCCCAACGCGACGGUGGCGCUCGGCCGCGACAUCUCGCUGCCCUGCGUCGUCGACAACCUGGGCGACUACAAGGUGGCGUGGAUCCACAUGGACCGGCAGAUGAUCCUGACGAUCCACCGGCACGUGAUCGCGCGCGUGCCGCGCUUCAGCGUGUCGCACGACAACCAGAAGACGUGGCUGCUGCACGUGAGCGACGCGCAGCAGGAGGACCGCGGCUCCUACAUGUGCCAGGUCAACACCAACCCCAUGAUCAGCCAGGUCGGCUUCCUCGAGGUCGUAGUGCCACCUACCAUCGUUGACGAAGAGUCCACGCUGUCGACGGUGGCGGUCCGCGAGCACCAGAACCUGACGCUCACCUGCAGGGCGGAGGGCUUCCCCACGCCCAAGAUCAUGUGGCGCCGCGAAGACGGCCUGCCCAUCACCAUAGACCGCCGCAAGAAGGUGGGCGUGCUGGACGGCGAGCAUCUGAACCUGACCCGCAUCUCGCGCACCGAGAUGGGCGCCUACCUGUGCAUCGCCACCAACGGCGUGCCGCCCUCCGUCAGCAAGAGGAUCAUCGUCGACGUCGAGUUCUCGCCGAUGAUCUGGGUGCCGAACCAGCUGGUGGGCGCACCGGCGGGCACCGACGUCACGCUGGACUGCCACGCCGAGGCGUACCCGCGCGCCAUCAGCUACUGGGUGUACGACAGCGUGAUGCUGCUGCCCACCGGCAAGUACGUCACCGAGUCCCGCGAGGACGCCUACCGCUCCCACAUGCGACUCACCGUGCGCGACGUCGCCGCUCCGGACUUCGGCAACUACCGCUGCAUCUCCAAGAAUUCGCUCGGCGAGACCGAGGGCUCCAUCCGGCUCUACGAAAUUCCUCGAGCAUCGUCCUCGCCGAAAGCUACCGAAGUCCGUAGCGGGUCAGCCAAAGAGGAGAAACCGACGGCGCCGGCUCUGUCUGCGGCGCUGCCGGACGCCAGCCGUGCCCCAGACGCCGGCCGCGCAGCUCCCACAGGCGGCGACAGCAGCCUGGACAAGCGGAAGCGCGUCGCCGCCUCCUCAGAGUCCACCAUCGCCGCAGCUGCAGGUACUGCACCGAGCCCCGCGCGUUUGCAUGAUACUGCACUUCACACGCCGAUUUCCUAUAUUGCCGAGAUAGCAAACAUUUAUUUGGUGGAAAUAAAUUAA